AUGUCACUUUCUCAUGUAUCAUACCGUUUAAGAAAAAACCCGUGGCUAAGCAUUUUUCUGCCUCUUUUGGCUAUAUUUCUGAUAUAUAUUGUCUUCUUUCAAAGGGAUCAAUCGUUACUAGGACUUGACGGGCAAUCCAUUUCUCAAUACAAAUGGGCACACGAAAAGGAAAACACAUUUUACUUCCCUUUCACCAAGAAAUAUAAGAUGCCAAAGUAUUCUUAUAAGAAGAAAAGCGGCUGGUUGUUCAACGAUCACGUGGAAGACAUUAUUCCUGAAGGUCAUAUUGCUCAUUACGAUUUGAACAAAUUACACUCUACUUCAGACGCAGCUGUUAAUAAGGAACAUGUUUUAAUACUGACUCCGAUGCAAACAUUUCAUCAACAAUAUUGGGACAAUCUGCUGCAGUUAAGUUAUCCGCGGGAGUUGAUCGAGUUGGGAUUCAUUACACCAAGAACAGCCACUGGUGAUUUAGCAUUGAAAAAUUUGGAGAACGCCAUUAAAAAAGUCCAAACCGACAAGAAAACUCAAAGAUUUAGUAAAAUCACUAUCUUGCGACAGAAUUCUCAGAGUUUUGAUAAGUUAAUGGAAAAGGAAAGACACGCCUUAGACGUUCAAAAGGAGAGACGUGCGGCAAUGGCUCUGGCACGUAACGAGUUGCUAUUUUCUACGAUAGGUCCCCACACUUCUUGGAUUUUGUGGCUAGACGCUGAUAUCAUAGAGACACCGGUGUCUUUAAUUCAAGAUAUGACUCAACACGACAAAGCCGUCUUAGCUGCGAACAUCUACCAAAGGUUCUAUGAUCAAGAGAAAAAGCAGCCGUCGAUUAGGCCAUAUGAUUUCAACAAUUGGCAAGAAAGUGAUACUGGUUUGGAAAUAGCCUCUCAGAUGGGUGACGAUGAGAUUAUCGUGGAGGGUUAUGCAGAGAUUGCCACCUAUAGACCGCUCAUGGCGCAUCACUACAACGCCGAUGGCCUACCAAAUGAAGAAAUGGCGCUGGACGGUGUUGGUGGUGGCUGUACCUUGGUUAAAGCGGACGUUCACAGGGACGGUGCUAUGUUCCCCAAUUUUCCAUUCUACCAUUUGAUUGAAACCGAAGGAUUUGCCAAGAUGGCUAAGAGACUAAAUUACAAUGUAUUUGGCUUGCCAAACUACUUAGUUUAUCACAUAGAGGAAGAAAAUCAUUAA